AUGACACCCAGCGCAACAGCCUCGACUCCCUUGCUGAGCUCUUGGGCUCAGAAUGAGGAGCACUCCGCAAGUGGCACAGUCGGCAAUGAUGACGAUGAAAGAACUGUUAUUCAGGUCGAUCUUCCGUUUGCGAAGAAGGCCGCCAUUAUGUGUCUGGCGUGGUUCGGCAUCUUCCUCGGAUCCGUGGAUUCCACCAUCAUCGCCACACUCUCUGGUCCCAUUGCUAGUGAAUUCGGAUCCCUAAAUCAGCUCUCAUGGCUUGCAACAGCAUAUCUAAUCGCCAACGCCGCCUGUCAGCCGCUGUCUGGUCGGAUUACGGAUAUCUUCGGGCGAGGCCCGGGUAUAGCCGUUAGCCACGCCUUCUUUGCGUUGGGUAACCUCAUGUGCGGGCUUGCGCCGAACCAAUAUGUCAUGAUCCUCGGGCGCGUUGUGGCAGGUCUCGGCGGAGGCGGCCUCGUUACCAUCGCUAUCUUCUUGAUCUCUGAUCUAUUCCCUCUCCGCCAGAGAGGCAUGGUCUCCGCGAUUGGCAACCUAUGGUUCGGUGCAGGCCUGGUGCUUGGCGGUCUCAUUGGCGGCCUUCUGAACGACUAUACGAAGCUGGGAUGGAGGCUCGCAUUCCUCAUACAAGUGCCGCCUGGGUUGCUGUCAGCUGUCGCCGUCCUUCUCAUGAUCAAGGUUCCACCAAAAGAGUCCAAAAAGUCCAGGAUGGCACGCAUCGACUUUUUCGGCGUGCUGUUGACAUGCUCUUCCCUCGUGCUGUUGCUAUACGGAUUUAGCAACGCCGGGACUGUGUUCCCAUGGACACACCCCGUGACGUUAACGACGAUCCCACUGGCUGUUGUCUUGCUCAUUGGAUUUUUCUUUUGGGAGGCAAGAACUCCGCAACCGAUUAUCCCGGUCAGGUUACUUCUUGAUCCAACAGUGCUCGCUAGCUGCCUGACGAGCCUGCUAACGGUCAUGAUAUUCAUGACAUCCUUGUUCUACGUUCCAUUGUACCUGCAGGUAUUGGGUGACUCCGCUACCACUGCCGGCGUGAAGCUUCUUUCUUCUUCCCUUGCUGUUCCGAUAGGGUCAUUUGGUGCCGGUUUCCUCAUGACGAGAACAGGCAAGUAUAUUGGGCUUGCAUAUACCAGCAUUCUAGCAUUUACGUUCGGGGUCAGCCUGUUCAGCCUCCAGAGUUCCAACAGCCCCGCCUGGCUAACAUGUCUUGCGCUGUUCUUCGUCGGAGGGGGCUACAACGCAACGGUGACGACCACUCAGGUUGCGUCCGUCGCGGCCGUGGACCACUCCCAGCAAGCAGCCGUGACAUCUGCGGUUUUCAUGGCUCGAAGCAUCGGGAGCACCCUUGGUUUGGCCAUCGCGUCUGCUGCAUAUCAGAAUACCUUAAGACGGGGGCUCUCGGAGAGGUUUGGCAAUGAAUCAAACGCGAGACGGGUAAUUGAUCUGAUCAUGAAUGAUCUCAAUGAAUUGAAACGGCUACCAAGAGGCUGGUACGAAGGCACCUUGGCUUCGUUCAUGGAAGCGUUCCGGGCUGUGUGGUUUAUUUUGCUCGGCAUGGCAAUCUUGAACUUCAUCUGCCUACUUCCAAUACGGCAGCAUAAGCUGCAUCCAACUGUAGACAGGAAUUGA